CGGCGUGGGGAUUUUCUUUGAUUACACUUUCGGUAAGCCUUUGAACAUUAUAUAUGGAGCAGUUCAUAUACAAUUCAAAAUGAAUGAUAUAUGAAAUUAAAGUUUCGUAACUACUGAAACGGACGAUGUAAAAUUAUGUUUUUGUUUUUUUUAAACACUUAGCCUUAAAAAAAAAAAAAAAAAAAACGGAAAAAUACUUAUUAAAAAUAGUUUUAACGAAAAUAGUUUAUACAAUUUUAGAAUUUGUGAUUUUGGCGAAGGUUUUUAAAUAAUUGUUUUCAGUAUUUUAUAAGUUAUAAAAUUAAAUUGUUUUCAUUAUACACAAGCACACAAAUAUGUAAACUUUUUUUGUGAUCGUGAAGAUAUGCGCGUGCAUCUUAGGCAAUUCACAUUUGUCUACAAAUCUAAUUUCAAGCAUUUAACUAUUCAUAAAUCAGGUAGUGACUAGUAGUGUAUAUAAAUAGGCUAUUCCUUUAUUGAUUUAUUAACAGCAAAUAAUAUUUGUAUCUGGAAGUGGGUUUUUAAUUUUAUUUAUUUCUCGGUGUGUGACCCGGUAAACUGAGCUGCUGCGGGUGACGUCACGCGGCGCGAGGGUCUCCCGUGAGCUCUUGCGUGAGUGUUUCUCCCGGGACGUCCCGGUGAAGGAGGGGCAGUAGUGGUGUGGUUACCCCCCUGCACGCUUUGACAGUUGUGAGAGAACUGAGUGUGCAAAAAACUCCUAAACACGGAGAGCCGAGCCACGGGAGACGCGCGCAGGAAUUGCCAGAGCGAGUUUGGGCACAUGUGUGUUUUUGGACUAUUUAUAAGAUUAUUCCAGCCCUGGCCUCUGAAUUUGUUGGGAAACUUUGUUUUUGGGACGCGCCGGGGGACCAGUCUCUUUCUUUCCCUUCUUCCAUCCACGCACGAGCGGUUAAUCUAGUGGAUCCGAGUGAUUCAGUAGCUGACAGAGUUGGUUGUACCUGAGGUGGACACACACACACACCUGAGCGAGUGACAGAGACAGAGAGAGAGAGAGAGAUGUACACAGCGGUGCUGCUCUCCUCCUCUCUGUUUCUCCUGCAUGUGACCUGCACGCCUCAGAUUCACGGUCACCACGGGAGGAGAGUGUGUGUUGGAGAUGCCUGGAGUCGUCGUGUGUCUUACAGCACAGAGUCGUUUCUUCAGCCCAUACACAAACCCUACAUCACCAUGUGCCAAAACCACCGCAUGUGUAGCACGUACAAGACAAUCUACAGGGUUUCUUACAGGCAGGUGAGCAGAGCAGCUCCGAAUGUACACAUUUACCCAGAAUGCUGUCCGGGAUGGCGACGCAUGCAUUCACACAACUGUAACCAAGCGGUGUGUGAGCAGUCUUGUGCAAACGGAGGAUCGUGUGUAAGGCCUAAUCACUGUGCAUGUCUAAAAGGAUGGACGGGACGAUACUGUCAAACAGAUGUGGAUGAGUGUAAGGAAGGUCAUCGCUGCUCACAGAAGUGUGUGAAUACGGUGGGGAGUUAUCGGUGUGUGUGUCAGGACGGAUUCAGUCUGGCUGAAGAUGAAAUAACGUGUUCAAGAAUUCCUGCCCCCUCCCCGCCGCCCACCGGGCCUCCAAAAGCAGACGAUCGCUCAUCUAGAAGCCAUGCUGGUGGAGGUUUGGGAUUGGUGGAAAACGUUACAGAAGAAGUUCAGAUCCUUAAAAACAGAGUGGAGCUCCUCGAGCAGAAACUGGAGAUGGUUCUGGCUCCCUUCACCACGCUCUUCCCCUUGGAUGGUGUGGGAGACACUAACAGCUUCCUGCCUGAGAGGACCAACUUCCUGUCACAUUCUCUGCAGCAACUAGACCGCAUCGACUCGCUCAGUGAGCAGGUCGGAUUCCUGGAGGAGCGUAUUGGAGCCUGUGCCUGCCAGGAAAACUAGAUGAUCAAAGAUGGGCUGGAUCCUCUGACACAAGUGAAACCAAUAUCUGAGAUGUCUAAAUGAACAACCGCAGCACUGAUCAAAGGCCUGAACCCCUUAAACAUGUUCAAUCCACUCAAAAAGCAUGUAGGGAAACAAAAUGUCAAACACACAAACUCCUGUUUGGUCAAAAUUAAGUUUCCUGGCACAUGAGCUGGUGCUUGGAUAUUUCGUAAUAUUUUUAUAUGUAUUUCUUUCAUUUAAUUCUUGGUGUAAGUGCAGCUGUACGAUCUCUCCAAGUUUGAGUCAGGAGAAAUGUAAAUUUACAUAUUUAUAUGUUCAUGUCCUUCCUGAGUAUUGCUAUUGGGAAAACAAUACAAAAUUGCCAUUUCUUUUCUUUUUUUGUAUCACUUAUGUUUACAUUUUUGUAAUAAAAUUGCUUAAACUUUGAA